UGUGAAUCUUCGACCAGCGGGAGGCAACUCGGGUCCACUUCAAUGAAGCCAAGCCCGACUGAGGCUAUAAAGCAGAGACCUUUCAGAAUAAUGUCUCUAUUCCUCUCAUUCGCCGGUCGACUGACUACGUCUAUUUCUUUGCUGGUCAAAGUUAGAUCACUUCUUCAUCUUUUCUAAUACGCUUACCUUUCAGAAUCUUAUAUCACUAUGCGGCCCACCACUCAGCUCAUUCUCGUCUUUGCUCUUGUGUUCACGGCGUGUGCAGCCCCUCUGGCAGUUCGGGAUCAAGCAUUUGAGAUUCGAGCGCCAUCCUCCCAUGUCGACAUCACCGUGACCUUUGAGGGAAACCCAGAAAAGGACAACGAGUCUUUCAGCAAAGCAUAUACGAAUGCCAUUAAGAAGGAUGUGAGAGCCCUUUUGAAGAACGUCGCCGCAAGGGAUCUAGGUGCACCAGCCGGAGAGGCCUUGCUAUUUCAUUGGGUUGGUGUGCCCACCCAUGAUAGCACGAAGCCGGUCAUGUACGAUGUUAUGUGGAAUGAACUCGGUCCCUACAAAGUGGUCAUGAGCCACAAGACACCAAUGAAGGAUGCCAUCGUCAAGAAUGCGAGAGGGGGCAUAGUUAGGAAUGACGGAGAUCCUUACAAGAACCCGUAAAUCCUACACUGGUACCAGGGUUGCUCCGUGGCCUCAGAAGGAAGGGAUCAGAGACAAGCGCGAUAACUUCCGGUGUCCUGAAACUGUAGCAGGUUCAUUGUGAUCAUUAGCGAUCAUAUAAGAUUUAUCAAUAUACGCACCUUUAAUUCCUCAUAAA